ACAUAGAUGGCACUACAAUGCUUCAAACAAAAUGAGCGACGUUGCCUUAUCGUUGUAAAAUAAGCGUCGCGUCAAGAAAGAAAAAUAUCAGUUUAAUUUUUAAUUUAGAACUUGAAUUAAUUAAGUUUUAGUGAAUUAUUGAAUCAGUUUUAGUGAAUCAUUUAAAUGAUGUUUUUUUGAUGGUUAAUUCAACGUUAUUUUUGUUUGGAGGUUAUGAACUUUCUGGUAUUGGCGGUUAAAAGAUGCUUCCAUAAGGGCGCAUGCGUAAUUUAACGGAUUUCCAUUUUAAACGAGGAAAAAACAGCCCCAACCGUUAGUUUUAGUGUGUGUGAUUGAAACAUAAACAAUCAUAAACGAAAUAAAUAUACAAUGGCUAAAAGUCACGUUGAGUGUGGUUAUUUAACGUUAAGAAGUCGAGGAAAUGAUCCUUUAUAUCCAAUUUUUCGUGGAGAUGUUAUAACCAUAGGCUCAAAAGACCAAAAUCAUAUUCGGAUCAAAGCAGAACUUGAUAAUAAAACUGACGCCGUUUUAACGGCAUGUAAAGAUACAGGAUAUGUGGUGGUAACAAAUCCGGAAAAAGCUCCAACAAUAUUAAAUGAAAAACCCCUCACAAAGGCCCAAUAUUUAGUACCUGGCGAUAUAUUACAUAUAAAAAACAAGUUUUUUGCUUACAACAAUGAUGCUUUAACGAAUAAGGAGAUUGACAAAUUAACUAUUAAAAAUGCUGGUCGUGUUCGUACCGCUCCGAAAAUGAGGUCGUCUGCUAUAUUGCCGGUAUAUGCGAAAGAAAAACCAAGAACAGAGACACCUAUCCUUUCUGCAACUACAUCCACAUUUCAAGCAGAUUAUAUUGCAGGUAUUACACCAUCAAGGUCAAAUAGUACACAUAUUGUAAGGCAACCAAAAACUGUGAAUUCGAUUAUGGAAAAAAGAAAAAGCAAAUUAUCACGAAGAUAUAGCGCAGAUAUUAUCAUUCCUGAACCCAUUAAAAAGAGAGCAAGCGUUACACCUCUUAACUUAAAAGAUAAUAAUCAUUUAAAAUCUUGGAAAUCUCCAAAAACGCCCUCAGAGACUCCGUCAAAAAGAAAAUCACUUCGGAAUUCGGUGAUUUUACGUAGUGCUAUGCAACAGCAGAAACACCAAAAUUUUCAAAACGUUUCUCCCAGUACAAAUACGUUUAAUAAAAUGUUAUCUCCUGAUAAAAGCUGUGACAACGAAGUCCUUCAAACGCCCUCCACUAACAAAGUGAUAGCAUUAACACAAAGUUGUUCUCCAAGAACAUUACAAAUGAUGCAAAUCGCUUCAAAAUCUUCCACAUUACAAAGUAAUAAGAAACGAAGAAGAACUGAAAACUUAAUUAUACCUAAGAAAAUUAAUGAUGUGGAAAGAAGAAGAUCGGAUUUCCAAGAGUUUUUAGAUGAAGGAAAUAAUACAUCUUUUAGCAAUUAUAAAGAAAGCACAAAUCAAGAUAAUGAAAUAUUACCCAACUUUUAUAUACGCGGGAAAAUAAAUCGCAGAAAAACCAACAUAAGUCUUGGACAAUCAACAUCCACUCCAAUACAAGUAACUUGUAAGAAAAGAGCAGCAUCAGAAUCAAAAGUUAGUACAAGAUACGCUCAAAUUGAGCGGGAAGAAAAUGUAAAUAAAGAAAAUCGAAAUUUAUUGGAAGAACUAUUUGAUUUAAGUCGCGAUGCUUUAAAUAUAGAAUCACCUCAAAAAUCACCAAGAACUAUUCAACAAUUAAGUACAGAACGACAUUUACUUGUUAACGCAAUAUUUGGGAAUCAUAACAGCACAUUAUCUGGGUCCCCUAUUUUCUCUAAAUCAUCUAAAUCGAUUAAUGAUGAAAAUUAUACACCGCAAUAUGAAGACGUUUCCAUGGUUGAUGAGGAAGAAGAAGCACCUAAUAAAUUAGAAGUUUCUGGAAUCGAACAAAUCGAAUCAAUGUCCGAAGUUCCGCGCGAAUCGUUUCUAUAUAAUUCUUCACAAUCAGCUGUCAAAGAAACGUUUAGAAAUUCUCCCAUUGAUUUUCGUUUAAAACAAUUAUUUCAGAGAAGUCCUGUUAAUGAUUUGUCCAAUGAAGAAGGAGAGAAUGUCAGAGAUGAAGCAAAAAGGGUUAAAAAAUUGUUUGAGAAGAGAACCCCAAAGAAUAACCUUGAUGAUGUUGAGGGCGUUAAAAAUUUAUUUAAGCUACGAAAUUCGCCAAAAAAUGAUUUAACUAACGUAGAGGGUGUCAAAGACAUUAUGCGGAGAAGAACUGUGUUUAAUAAUUUAGAUGAAGCAAAAGGGGUUAAAAAAUUAUUUGAGAAGAGGACUCCAAAUAACAAUCUUGAUGAUGUUGAUGGCGUUAAAAAUUUAUUUAAGCUACGAAAUUCGCCAAUAAAUGAUUUGACUAACGUAGAGGGCGUCAGAGACGUUCUGCGGAGAAGAACAGUUUUUAAUAAUUUAGAUGAAGUAAAAGGGGUUAAAAAAUUGUUUGAAAAGAACACCCCAAAUAAUAAUCUUAUUGAUGUUGAAGGUGUUGGCGAUUUAUUUAAGCGUCAAAACACGCCGCGAAACGAUUUAACAGAUGUUAGAGGUGUUAAAAGAAUGUUGGAACUACAUACUCCAAGGAAUGAUUUGGAAAAUGUUUCUUUAACAAACUUAUAUUGCGACGAAAAUAUGGUAGAAACUCCUAAAUUGAAAACAACAAAAAUAAAUCCAAAUAAAAGUGGAAUAAAGGAUUUAUUUAGGCAAAGCGAUGAAGAGGAAGAAAUUGUACCAAAAGGAAGACCCUCUCAGGAUACUUUCGAUGUAUUAAUUGGACGUUCAUUUUAUAAAACAUACAAACCAAAUUUAAAAUUUGAAUCACCAGACGAUUCAAAGUCUAAAGUCAUGAAUGACAGCAUGACAGAAGCUUUUGAAUCAAUGAAAAAAAAACGAAAGAUUUCGAAAUCAUUAAGAACGUCAAUGAAGGAGGACGGAGAAAAAUCGAUUUUAAAUACUUCCGCGGAUAUUUUCCGUGUAAAGACUGAUUGCGACUCAUUGUUUAUUACACCGGGUGUUGAGAAAACGUCAACUCCUAUAUUGAAGUAUGAAAAACGAAUGAAAAGAAAUUUAAUUGAUGAAGAUAAUAAAGAUAAAGAAAACGAAGCAUCAAUGGUAAAUGACAAUAAAGUUAUUAAUGAAAUUAAAAUAAAUAAUCCACAAGAAUAUGGGGAUUUGAAAUUUAUUGAAAAAAUUGAUGAUGACUUUAAAGAUGAAAUUAAGAAUGAAUUUAAAACAACGAAGACACAAAAAAAUAAAGAAUUAAGUACAUCUAAGACAAUAAUUAAUAAAGAUGAGGCUCCUAUUAGAAGAACUAGAAGAGGUUUACAAAUGCUUAAAAAUGAGACACUUAAGGCAACUAAAUUUGAUGAAGAUAAUAAAGCUAUGGAUGAGAAUAACAAAACUAUUGAUAAAAAUUCCAAAGAGAAAGCUUCUGUUAGAAGAACUAGAAGAGAAUUACAAAAAUUGAAAGAUGAGAACAUUGAAGAAAUCAAUAAAGAGAAGGUUCUUACCAGAAAAGCAAGGCGAGAUUUAGAAAAGCUCAAAGAUGACACACUUAAGGCAAUUCAAAUUGAUGAAAAUAACAUAGAGAAGGUUUCUGUUAGAAGAACUAGAAGAGGUUUACAAAAGUCUACAAAAGAUGAGACAUAUGACGAACUCAAUACAGUUGAAAAUAUUGAUGAUACCAAACCAAUGAAAACUCCUGUUAAAAGGGCGAGAAGAGGUGUACAAAAAUUGAAGGACGAAAUAAACUCGGAUAAAACCAUUGAUGAGGUUCAGAUAAAAAAGACUCCUGUUAAAAGACGUAGAAAAGCUUCAUUACAAAAAGUUGAAACUGAUAAAACAUGCGAAGAGAUUAAAAUGGAUGAUAAUAUGGAUGAAGUUAAAAGUAGGAAGACUCCUAGACGAGGAAGGAAGGUUAUAAAAGAAUUAAAAGGUGAAAUGGAGGAGGAAACAAUUAAUAUGGAUGAAAAUGUUGAUAAAAGCAAAGUGGAUGAUAACGUGGACGAAAUUAAAAGUAAGAAGACUGCUAGACGAGGAAGGAAGGUUGUAAAAGAAUUGAAAGGUGAAAUGGAGGAGGAAACAAUUAAUAUGGAUGAAAAUGUUGAUAAAAAAAAAGUGACUAGACGAGGUAGAAAGAUUACACAAGAAUUGAAAGAUAAGAUGGAGGAAACGAUUAAUAUGGAUGAAAACAAAAUAGUGAAGAAAUCUCCCGUUAAAAAAACAAGUAAAGGCUUACAAAAACAAAAAGAUGAAAUCAAAAUAGAUGAUAUCAACGAAAUUAAAACUAACAAGACCCCCAUUAAAAGAACAAGAGCAGCAAAACAAAAGUUGAAAGAUGAAACAGAGAAAGAAACUAACACAAAGAAUGAAACUCCCAUAAAAAAACCAAGAAAAGGUACAAAAAAAUUAAAUUCUGAAACACAAGAAAUCUCACUGAAUGAAAACGUUGAUGUAAUAAAAUCGGAAAAGGCUCCAAUUAUAAAAACUAGAAGGGGUGGUCAAAAAUUGAAAGACGAUACACUUGAAGAUGAUGGUUUGAAAACUCGUUCAACUCGCCGCAAUGCUAACAAAAAAAAUGAUGAAAAUUCGAAUGAUGUAGAGAACAAAGAUUCAGAAGAAGUUGCGUACAAUGGAAGUAGUGAAUGUGAAAAUAUGGUUAAGAAAAGGACAAGAAAUGUUUUAAAAGGUGAUAAAAAUGGGGUUGAUGAUGGUGAUAAAGUGGAAGAAAAUGAGAAAAAAGAAUCUUUACCAACACUUCGUUCUACUCGUCGUAAUGUUAGGAAAGUGAAUGUUUAAAAAUGUAUAAACAGAAUAUUUAAA